AUGAAGAGAGAACUUUAUUUACUCGUCACUUUCCUGGUGAAUGUUCAACCUCUAGUGGAGUUUACGAACAUCAAAUGUGAUGCAGUGGACCCCAAUUUCUGCAAUUUCGAAUAUUGCUAUCUGAAGUCUGUGAAUCGAACCUACAAAUAUUAUUCGCUAAAAGCGAAUCUUUUUAAAAUCCCAGUAACCAAGAUUAAGGUGAACUUUGCCAUUUAUAAGUUUGCCAAUGGCUACAAGCCCUUUCUCUACAAUGUUACUGUUGAUGGAUGCAAGUUCCUAAGAAAUCCAAAAUCCAACCCCAUUGCUGGCUACGUCUAUGGUUUCUUCAAGGAUCGUUCCAAUGUAAACCACUCUUGCCCCUAUGACCAUGACAUUGUGAUGGAUAAGCUGUCAACUCAGUUUUUUAAUGACCGAGUGACUAAAAUUCUGCCUUUUCCGGAGGGAAAGUACUUGUUCCAAAUGAACUGGAUGGCCUCUAACACUAUCAGAGCUGUGUUUAAGCUAUACAUCCAAAAGUCGUGACUAAUAUUUCAUACAUAUAUUAUUGUAAACUAUCUUAG